AGCAUGAUGGUGUCUGCCGGUAGAAACGGGGCCAUUAAUAGAUGACUGGAAUCUAGAGCGAUAUUAAUAAUGGCUGACCUGCAACCCCAGGACGAUCUUUUGAAAAUGUCCAACAGGGAAUCGUGGAAGAUGCAGCACGAGAGGUUGCACGUGAAGCAUCGAGGUCAUGAGGCCAUGCAUGCCGAGAUGGUUCUGAUUCUCAUCGCCACGCUAGUGGUUGCUCAGAUUGUCCUGGUUCAGUGGAAACAAAGACACGGCAGAUCCUACAAUAUGGUCACACUAUUGCAGAUGUGGGUGGUUCCUCUGUACUUCACCAUUAAGCUUUAUUGGUGGCGUUUCCUGUCCACGUGGGGCAUGUUCUCCGUCAUCACAAGCUAUGUCAUAUUCAGAGCCACACGCAAGCCUCUCUCCUGCAGAACGCCACGGAUGGUGUAUAAGUGGUUCCUCCUCAUUUACAAGCUGAGCUACGCUGUGGGUGUUAUAGGAUAUCUCGCCAUCAUGUUUACCAUGUUUGGAUUCAACGUUUUUUUCAGGAUUAAAGCAGAGGACUCGAUGGAUGUAGGUGUGAUCAUGCUUUUCUAUGGUCUGUACUAUGGGGUAAUGGGACGUGACUUUGCUGAAAUCUGCUCAGACUACAUGGCAUCCACUAUAGGGUACUAUAACAUGGGUGGUAUGCCAUCCCGAAACCUUAGUGAUGACAUUUGCGCCGUGUGUGGUCAGAAGAUUUUUGUGGACGUAGAUGAGGAAGGCAUCAUUGAGGACACCUACCAGCUCUCCUGUAACCACAUAUUUCAUGAAUUCUGUAUUCGUGGCUGGUGCAUCGUGGGAAAAAAGCAGACGUGUCCAUACUGCAAUGAAAAGGUGGACCUCAAGAAGAUGAUGAAUAACCCUUGGGAGAGAACACACGUUUUAUAUGGACAGCUUCUGGAUUGGUUGCGGUACCUGGUCGCCUGGCAACCCAUCAUAAUUGGAAUCGUGCACGGAAUAAAUUUUUCACUUGGACUUGAAUAAACCCCUACAGUAUUUGAUUCUGUUUAAAACUGUGCAUGUGUUGACCUUUUUGAAUAUUUAUUUGUAAAUUUUACACUUUAUAAUAUAAAUCAGACAGCUGCUUAUUUUGCUUUUUAAAAUCAUUAGACACAUGGAAACGGACUUGUUCACAUACACACAACUCUCUCAGAAGUGACUUACACUGAAGACAUACAGAAGCCCCUCUAAAGCUGCGGUCAUCACUCUUAAUCGAAACCGUGCCUCGUUUUGUUUAAUCGUUUAGCAUUGUAAUGGUGUGGAUAUUAAGUGGUUAUGGUUUUGUUGCGGUUAAAUGAAGCGUGAAGACUAGUGAGGUUAUUGCCAAAGCUGCACUCAGUAUUUUUAUUUUUGUUAGAAAAGUUGGCCAACUUGUCAAACCCCAUGAGGCGACCUGCUCUGUGUAAAAUUAAACUAUUUUUUUGUGGCUACUGAUAUGACUUGAGUCUGUCAUGAUUGUGCUAAGUAGAAAGAAUUUGUGUUUGACGUUUUUUUGACAUUUGGGUAUGAAUUCUGCCAAUGUUGUUUAUGUAUUAGUAUGGUGUUCAUAAUAAUCCUUUGGGUGAGUGUAUCUCUAGAGUUUAUCAACACCCAAAUCUUCAGUGCCAAAUGUAAGUGCCAUUGUUUCGUCUCAAGCGGGCCAGAAUAUUGACUAUUUAAGUGACAAUAGCAAGAACAUCUUUAAAAUUUAAAGUAACAAAUUAAUGAUGUCAUAUUUAUCAUCAAUUCUUUUUGAAAACAGGACACGCUUUUUCAAAGUCACUUUUUAAUGCUCUGUACAUUAGCAUGAUAAUGGUAUGAUGUGACCGCAAUAUUAGAAAAAUCAACACAGUCCAAGCAGGGUUAUCUUUGCAAGUCGUAAACAGGCACACAUCAAAAAUAUAAACUAAAUGAAAUAAAAUAAACUACUGAAACCCUUUUUAUCAAUAAAGUGAAACAAUGUUGCAUGAUGUAAAUGUUAAGGCUGAUUUUUUUUUUUUUUGUACAGACAUAAAACGAUAACAUUCAAGUAAAAUUCUUUUUUUGAUGAACAUACAAAACAUUCUUUACAUACAAUCCUUAUAUACAGAAAAUAAAGCAAAUCAGCGCAUUAAACCAUAUGCAUAAUUUACAGACUUACUGUACCAAAACAACAUAGUGAACAUUCUGGAAUUUGCAAAAACAUAAAAAUGACUGUUGUAUUUUAAUGAUGAUGAAAUACUAUUGCUAGUAAGUUAUGACAUCAUUACUACUAUGUAUGAAUAAUCCCUAUAAGAAUCCUGGCAUUCACAGGAGAAGAAUGAU